GUUGAAAGUAGCGGUAAACGGUAAUGGAUUUGAAGUACAUCGUGGAAGCUUUGCGCUGCUGUCGGAGGCUUCACGCUCUCCAGCGCGGGAAGUCAUUUCACUCCCAUCUGAUCAAAACUGGGUUUUCUCCAGGGGAUGUUUACAUGAUGAAUAACCUGAUCACGUUGUACUCUGAUUUCACCCAGCUGAACGAUGCCAGGAAGCUGUUCGAUGAAAUGCCCGUGAGAAACAUUGUUACUUGGACAUCAGUGGUCUAUGCUUGCACUAGGAGUGGGAAGCCUCAUGAUGCCAUCGAACUGUUCAACAAGAUGUCGGACGCUCAAUCCGUGAUGCCUACUGGGUUCAUGUACUCCGCUGUGCUGAAGGCGUGUGGGCUGGCGGGUGAUGUUCAACUGGGUAGGCAGAUACACGAGAGGAUUCGUCAAGAGAAUCUGGAAGAGGACGUCGUUCUGAUGAAUACCCUUUUGCACAUGGUACUGUGGGCAGGGCUUGAUGAAGGAAGCGGUGGAUUUGUUUCAGCAGAUGCCUGAUCCAAACGUUGCUUCGUGGAACACUGUCAUUGCUGGUUUGGCUGAUAAUGGGAGUAUAAGUACACUAGAGUUCGUGGGUAAGAUGCAUAAGGAAGGCCUUAAGCUGGACGAGUUCACCUUCCCUUGUGCUCUAAAAACAUGUGGUGGUUAUGUUGGUUUUUUUGCCAUGGGAAAGCAAAUCCACUGUUAUGCUUUAAAGUCUGGUUUUGAGGUUUGCUGCUAUACUCUCUCUGCGCUGGUGGAUAUGUACUCUAAUUCCAAUGCUUUAGAUGAAGCAGUUAGAUUGUUUGAAAGUUACUGCACCAGAAACGGGUCAAAUUGUUUGAGUCUGUCGUUCUGGAAUGCCAUGAUUUCUGGGUAUGUGGAGAAUGAUAAACAUAUCCAAGCCCUGAAUUUGCUUUCUAGCAUCCAUCAUUCUGGUGUUCUUUUUGAUUCCUAUACUUGGAGUUGUGCAUUGAGGGUCUGCAUCAACUUGUUUCACUUCAGGCUUGGAGUUCAAGUUCACGGUCUUCUUGUCACCAGUGGGUACGAGUUAGAUUGUGUCGUGGGCAGCAUUCUUACUGAUCUAUAUGCAAAACUCGGGAAAAUGAAGGACUCCUUUGCAGUAUUUGACAAGCUUCCCGAGAAAGACUCCAUAGCUUGGUCUGGAUUAAUCAUAGGAUGCACCAAAGCAGGGGUGAGCUCAGAAACUUUUUCCCUGUUCAGAGAUAUGGUCAGUUUAGGCCUUGAAGUAGAUCAAUAUGUAGUUUCUGCCAUGCUAAAAGUUUGUUCAAGUGUAUCAUCUCUUGGAAAGGGAAAACAAAUUCAUGCUUUCUGUAUCAAGGCAGGACAUGAAACCGAAGCAGUAGCAGCCACGGCUCUUGUUGAUAUGUACUCAAAAUGUGGUGAAAUUGAAGAGAGUAUAGCUCUCUUCAAUGGUCUAUCUGAUAGGGAUGUUGUGUGUUGGACGGGGAUCAUUGUCGGGUGUGGUCAGAAUGGCAAAGCCAAUGAAGCUCUUGAGAUAUUCCAAGAGAUGAUAAAGUCGGGAAUAGAGCCAAAUGAAGUCACCUUCUUAGGGCUUCUUGGCGCAUGUAGACAUGCAGGUCUGGUUGAAGAUGGGUGGAGGUUAUUUCAGUCCAUGAGAUCUGAUCAUGGACUUGAACCUCAAGUAGAACAUUAUUACUGCAUGGUGGAAUUACUUGGUCAAGCUGGGCUGUUAAAGGAGGCAAGGAAGUUGAUUAGUGAGAUGCCACUUAGGCCUAACAAAACGAUAUGGAGCUCCUUGCUCGCAGCUUGCGUUACUCAUAAGAACAGUGAGAUGAUUAGUGGUAUAGCUGAAAACCUCCGUGUUGCCUUUCCUGAUGAUCCGUCUGUGUAUGUAAUGGUCUCAAAUGCUUAUGCAACGAUGGAAAUGUGGGACGACCUCAACAGAGUGAGGGAAACUGCAAAAGCUUCUGGUGUAAAAGAAGCCGGAAGGAGUUGGAUUGAGAUGGCUGGUUAGAUUUUCAUCUACUUCAGAACGAAGGUGAGGUUUCCAUGCAUGGGUUAGUAAACAACAGGUGAGGUUUCCAUGCGCAUUUACUAAAGGACUGCCAAGGCAUCUAAUCCAUGAUCAAGCGACGCUGCCUAAUAAGUACAAUUUGGAGAGUACGAGCUACAGAUUCUAUUCGCUUGAAGUUGAAGGUACUGCAAUCAGACAUUGGAGCUAUAUAUCAUCAAGCAGGUCUUGGAACGAAUACUGGUACUUGUUUAUAGAACACAUUAUCAUAUAGAAUGAGGGUUUUUUGGUGACUGGAGCCUUAGAUAUUUACAUGGGGGUGGAAGAAGAUCUUAAAAAACAACCAUGUAUAGGCGGGAGCAUGAAGCUCUAAGCACUAAGCUCUAUGGUCACCAUUGCUUCCUUCUUGUCUUCAUCAUCGUCCUGGUUGAAAUUCAACACAUUGUAGAUGGAUUGGACGAUCGACUUAAAAGGAAUCGAAGGAAGAAUGAGGAGUCGACGGUAGUGGAGCCGGAGGCGGUGGCCUAGUUAGGAUUCGAGCUUAAUGAAGUCUUAUUUACAAACAAGUACGAUAACAUUAGAUUUCUAUUAUUAUUAUUAUUAUUAUUAUUAUUAUUUAUUAAUUAAAUAUAUUAAAG